AUGGACUCUCAGGACGGAAUUACCGUCCGCCCUAUGAGGCUUAAGGUCUUAUACACCUUUGAUAACGAGAACAAAACCAACUGCCUUGCUCGCUGGCCCCAUGUGCUAGAAAUCCAAACUGCUUAUUUGGAUGAAAACACCCCAGUCGGGGUGAUUGAGCUGAAGACAUGUAUCCAAGCAAUUGUUUCAGCAAGUCCUGAAUUAGUGGCACAAUUAGGAAAGGACUACACAGUGUACGCCUACGACUACUCGGAAUAUGAAACCCCCCUCGUCGGCCAAGGAAUGCUCUCGUGGGUUCUGGCUUCUUCUUCACCGACACCGGAAGCGCCCGCUCACCAAUCGAAGACAAUGGUCACAGGUCGUGUGUGUAAAGCCCCGUUGGGUCUGUUUUCUAAGGGCGCUGGCGCCCAAGAGACCCUUGAAGUCAAACUCCGAUUGGUUCCCGUUCCGAACAUCAUGCAAAGCCAAUAUCUCGACAGCAUGCAAAAAUACCGAGAGCUCAGCAAUGUGAUCCCACACGACUUCGACGCACAGUCAUGGACGGCUUUCAUGCGUCAAAAUCCCUCACUCAUGGAAGCCGCUCGAAAUCAAUCACAAGACCGAGCAAGCGCCGUGUCCCCAAUGAGUGGAUCCGGCAUUGGACGAUUCCACCAAAUUCUUAGUGACGGUGCCACCCCUCGCGAGUUUUCCGGAUAUGAACGGAAUGAUUCAGUGCGUUCGGUUUCCCCUACGCACUCAUACGGUGCUCCCAGCAGAGUAUCCACACCCGGAGGAGUCCGGACUUCCACUUAUCAACCACAACCGCAACAUCAAUCAAGACCACCUUACAACCAAAGCAGCGAUAUGAUCCGACCUUCUUCGAGUGCUUCUAUGCGCGACAAUGAUUACCAGGUACCACAGUCUCUCUCCAGGAGAGAUUCUAUCCAGUCUGGCUAUGCCAGUGGGGGUGAGGAUAUAGACCCGCAACCACGGAAGAGGGCCAAGCUGUAUCAAGCAGGGUGGCCAGGGAAGUCCGAUAUGAACAUUGAGAGACAGCCCAGCUCGCUUCGAGUAGCAGCUAGUACAGCAGCUUCGGUUCGGAUUCAUCGCCCGACUCCCGUCAACCCUGCUAUCGCAGCGGAACAGUCCAUCAACGAGCCCGUUCGCCCACCAACUCCAAUCAUGCGCCCCGGAGAUGGAUCUCGCCGCCGUCGGCCUGCAUCGAGUAUGUUGCGAGAGUCCUCUGUUCUCAGCUCUUAUGCAUCGCCAUAUUUCAAUAGUGAUGACAUCGGCACAGACUUCACAAGUCACUCUCCAGAUGAUUCUCGUUACCAAGGACUUUUCGAGCCUCCAUUUAACAUGCCUUCCUCUCCUCCUAUCAUGGAUACACGAGCUGCAUCUAAAUCUAGCCCGGUGCUGCCUCCAAUCACAUUGGACACCGACUCAGGUUUCAUGAGUGGUGGCAUGGAAGAGAAUUUGGAAGAUGAGGUGGCUACUCCUGUCGAGGAUGGGCAAAGGGCUGAGUCACACGGCCCCAUCGAAGGAAAUCACUCUCUUUCUGUUCGUUCUACAGUUCAGCCAAACUCCCCAGUGGGUAGAACUGGCACGGUUGGUCAAUCCAAUGACUUCAUGCCAAUGAGUGAUCCUCCCACGUUUCCGCCUAGAAAGCCCAAGGUACAAUCACGUCCAGCCUCAGCCGCUGGGUCCCGACCAAGCUCGGGGAAUGGCGUGCGUUUGGCACCCAAAAUACAAACACCCAACCCUUGCAGCGAAAUCUCUCAAAAUAGGAGCAGCGUUCCUCCCAGUGACCCUAUUGUUACCCCCAAUCCACCCCCUCAGCACGCUAUAACAUGGACCGGGCCAGUUACUGGUUUCGAUCAUGAUGGAAAGUCAGUCUCGGUACCCGUACCGCAAGCUGAGAACCCCGAGAAACCUAAGAAACCCGAGAACCUCAAGCCCCGUGGCCUAAACAGGAGGGUAACCCAGAUCCAACAGAACCUGGAUGAGGCCAUAAAAUCUGGCAAAAUCCCUCCUUUCUGUGAGAACUGUGGCAGCAUUGAAACUCCUACUUGGCGGCGGGCGUGGUCGAGAGAUAUUAUGGGUGGGGAGGGUCUUGCCAAACAGAUGAUGAUGCAAGUCAGCGGUUCGUUGUUCUAUAUGCCCCUGGAACGCGAUGCUUCAAAGGCAAUCACCAAUUUCAAGUUCUACAAGAAGACUCUACUUGUUGCCGACGACGAUUCAUGGGUUCAGGUGUUGCUUUGUAACCCUUGUGGUCUGUGGCUCCAUAAGAUGAAAACAAUGCGUCCCGAAAAUAAAUGGAACAAGUCUGCCUCCGACGGCAACAAAAAGCGUCCUAUUAGAAACCGCAGAUCUGGUGGCCCAUUAUCGGUUCCUUCAGCCAGGACUCGCAGCAUGGUCGCAUCAAGCGUUACUGCAGCCUCUUCUCCAGCUCCCACUGAGGCCUCCUCCAUUCAGCCCGACGAAGGUGCCACCCCUCAACUUGAUGAUAGUCAAGAUCAGGACCAGGGUCAGGACGAGGAAGGCGAGAACUACCCCAACAAGCGUCGCCGGGCUAACAGUGUUGAGCCCCGGCGGUCAACCGAGAGCUCAUAUGCUCGCUGGGAGCAUGAUGACGCUGUGGAAGCUCUUCGUCGUGCGAUCCAGUCUAGUCCGGCAAGAAAUAUGAAAGUCCGACCCCAAACUGAAAGAGCUCCAUCUUUGGAUGAGACAAACACCACUCCUAAACCCUUGCGCCGCGCCUUGUUUGCCUCAUCCCAUAACGAAAAAUCCUUGAAGGAAUUAGGUCCUUCCCUGCUGAACGGCGGUUCCCCUAGGCGAAGCCCCAAGACUGCUUCGCAUGAGCACAAGCAGCCUCGGGACAAGGAGAAUAUUGCGCCCACGCCUAAUAAUGACCUGAACGAUCUUUUCGAGAGCCCCUCUGUGGACCUUAACCUUCUUACCAGUCCAACUCCACGUCGACCCCAUGCUCGAUUCAAUAUGCAUGAGCGACGACUCUCCUUGCCUUCCAAUUCGCCAAAUAGCACCCGGCACAAGGAUGUUGGAAAAACUCCUUCCCCAACUCGUCUCACGGCGGAGCGACUGCAGCACAUCCAAGAUGGCCAGGACUCGCCCCGUACCACCCCUCGUCAAAACCGAUCCCCCAAUAAGCAGAGAUCGCCUAAUAAACAUGAUUUUUCUACCUUGUUGAGUCAGAGCCUGCACACUGCAUCAUUGCAGCCUUUCGACAGCAUUAUUCUCGACAUUCUUGAUGAUACCCCCGUUCAGCCUGACUUCUUCCAGAUCGGAGAGGGCUCAAAGGGCGAAAGCCACAAUUGGGCAGAUUGGCUUCCCGAGGCCUACGUCUCUCCUACUGCAUCCGAAGAAAACCUCCAAGGUUCCGAAGACUUCAUUAAUUCUCUUCUCUCCGGUCCCACUGCCCUGAAGGAGAACCUCCACGACAAACAGUUCAAUCCUUUCAACUUCGAUGUUGAACUUCCUGACUCUGGAUUCUUCAGCUCUGAUGCUCAACAGACAGAUCCUCUGGGUUCCUCCAAUGUUCAGUCUUCCAAAGAGAAGUCCAAUGAACAACCUGCAACCUCUCCCGCUGCAUGA